GAGAUGAGGUUGUUCUGCAACCACUUCUGGAGGCUCUGCUCGCAUCCCUGGGGAAUGGUUUAAGAGACACACAGAGGAAAAGACACAGAGAGAAGAGGAGAAUGCCAUUUGAAGAGAGAUGCAGAGAUUGGAGUUAUGCAGCCACAAGCCAAAGCAGUCCUGGAGCCAACAUAAGCUCGAAGAGCAAAGAUCUGAUUCUCCCCUAGAGCCUCCAUGGGGAGUGCAGCCCUGCCAACACCUUGAUUUUGGACUUCUGGCCUCCAGAACUGUCACGCUCCUUGCCCUUUGCCUUGUAGAGCAUUUGAAGAGCCAACAAAAGGCGAGAAUGGCGAAAGCACAGAGAGCAGAGAGGAAAGUGGCCCCGGACAUGAGGCCUACUCAAGAAGAUGAACCCUCCCUGGAAAACGCUGAAGCUGCUCCAGAGAGUCCGCCUGGAAUGAAGACAGAGGCCCAGGCUUCAGAAUCUUACCCAACAAAAGCCUCAUCUACUGAGUUAAAGCUUUCUGAGAGUGCCCCAGGAAGCCAAACUUGGGAAGACAAGGGCAUAGCAACCUGGUCUCUGACGGCCUGGGUUUCGGAGGCCCAGGCUUCAGAGACCCAGGCUGCGAAGGCUCAGGCCUGGGAGAUUCACGCUUCUGAGGCUCAGAGCAGGGCCAGCCAACCCAGGCAAACCUCUGUAUUGCCAGUGGCAGCUGCCCCAGCCCUGAAACGGAAACUCUUACCUGAGAAUGUGCAAGUGUCAGAGAAGGAAACGAGUAAGGCCCUCUUCACCCGUCCACUCUGGUCCAACAAAGUUGAGUAUAUGCUGGCCCAGGUGGGCUACUCCAUGAGGGCAGGCAGUCUCUGGCGUUUUAGCUUCCUGUGGCUUCGCAACGGAGGUUGCAGUUUUCUCAUCAUCUACACUGUCAUGAUGUUCUUGAUCGGGAUUCCUCUCCUCUUCCUGGAGAUGGCAGCUGGUCAGAGGAUGCGUCAGGGCAGCAUUGGUGUGUGGAAGCUCAUUGGCCCCUGGAUUGGUGGCGUGGGGUAUACCAGCUUCAUGGUGUGCUUCAUCACCGGCUCGUACUUGAAUGUGGUCAAUGCCUGGACCCUCUUCUAUUUGGGCCAAUCCUUCCAGUUUCCCCUUCCAUGGGAGAAAUGUCCCUUACUGAAGAACUCCAGUGACUUUGAUCCUGAAUGUGCACGGACGACACCCUCCACGUACUUCUGGUACCGGCUGACCUUGAAGGCCUCAGACAGAAUUGAGGAUGGUGGGCCACCAGUCUUCAGCCUGAGCCUGCCCUUGUUGGUGGCCUGGUGUCUUAUUGGUGCUUGCAUGAUCAAUGGGCUCAAGUCCACUGGGAAGGUAAUGUAUGUCUUGGUACCAGUCCCCUAUCUCAUCGUCCUCUGUUUCCUUAUCCGGAGUCUACUGCUGGAAGGGGCAGUAUUUGGCCUUCAAUAUUUGGCAUUUGCCAAGAUAUCGGCUAUGUACAACAUGAAUGUGUGGUGCCAAGCAGGGAUCCUAGUCUUGUUUGCCUUGGGCCUAGGCUUUGGCCCCAUUGUCUCCUUAUCCUCGCACAUGCACCCAUCCAACAACUGUCUCAGUGAUGCCUUUGUUGUGGCUCUGAUCAACCUGGUCACCAUGCUGCUUUUCACAAUUUUUGUCUUCUCUGUACUGGGCUUCUGGGCGACAGUCAUCACGCACCGCUGCAGUGAGAAGAAUGCUGAAACACUUAUGAAGCUGGUAACCCUGGGGAAACUGCCUUCUGAGGCCCAGCCCCCUCCAAAUCUGCUUGAUAACCCGACCUCCAUCUUCACCUCCUGGCUCAACAGCCUUCCCCAGCCCAUCAAGAGCAUGGUCCUCAGCCACGUGCCUGAGUGCAACUUAGAGAAGCAGUUUUUGAAGGUUAAGGAGGCCCCAGGCUUUGCAUUCUUGGCCUUCAUUGAAAGCAUGUCCUUCAUUCCUGGGUCUGUCUUCUGGUCCAUCCUCUCCUUCCUGAUGUUGCUGACCAUUGAGCUGAGCACCAUGAUAGGGAUCAUGCAGGGUAUCAUUACCCCUCUCCAGGACACCUUUUCUUGUUUCAGGAAAUAUACAAAGCUGCUUACAGUGAUUGUCUUUGUGCUCAUGUUCCUGUGCGGCCUCUUCUUCAUUCGACCUCCAGGCAUCUACUGCUUCACACUGCUGGUUCAAUACUGGACAGUCCUCCCCAUCAUCAUCAUCGUCAUAUUUGAAAACAUGGCUGUGGCCUGGGCCUAUGGGGCCAGGAGUUUCCUUGCAGACUUGGCGACCCUGUGGGACCACCCCAUCUCCCCCAUCAUUCGAUGGCUGUGGUGCUGUCUGUCUCCAGUUAUACUGCUAGUCCUGUUGGUGACCACUGUGAUUCAUCUAUCUCUGAAGACUGUCACCUACGUGGCCUGGAACUCAAGCACUUCAAAAGAGGUGCUUCGACAAUACCCAUCAUGGGUGCUGCUCGCGAUGAUUGCCCUUUUUAUCAUCGUUAUCCUCCCCAUCCCCACAUACUUUGUAUACUGCCUCACCCAUAGGAUUCCCUUCAAAGCCAUGAGCUGGGCCAGGCCUUUGAUAUCCUCCAAAUCCCUACCCCUAAGUAUCCAACUAACUCCCCAUAAAGAGGUCUAAAAGGAGGAACUCCUACAGGGUGAUAAUAAAAUUGCUGAUCAACCUGUUGUGUGACAUCCUAACUUCAUUUGUUUGGCCUGACAUUGUACACGUCCCUCAAAACAGCUCUAACAGGCAACUCUUAAUACCAACUUGCAACUGUUGAUGUCCCUGGACCCAGAACUGCUUUUAUUCCCAAGGAUAGGGGCAUUAUUUGGGGAGGCUCAUGGGGCCUGGCUUUGCAGCCCCUCCUCCCACACCCCAUCCUUGCUGGUUACCACUGUCGUUGUGUUUUCCCCAUCCCCUUCCUACACUUGCCCAUCAUCGUAUACACCAUUGAUGAUGCCUACCGAACCUAAUUCUUGACUGGUCUGCCCAGCUCCUGGAAUAGAGCUGGAGGAGUAAUGCUGUUGGUCAAUAAAUCAGUCCACUGGGACUCUAAGC